AAACCAUAAAAAAUAAAAAUAAAACAGCAAACCCACGUGGAUUCCUUCCCUCACAUUCUGAGUUCUGAUUCUGACCUUUCUUCUUCACUUGUGUUUUCGUUUCCACUUCUGCGUUCUUGUUGAGGAUUCUUCUGGUUCCCAAGGUCGCCUUCGAUAUUCGCCGGCGCGAGCAAAGGGUUUCAUCUUUUUCUCUUUUCUACUUUUUUAACGCUGACAGAACCAAGCUAUGAUGGCCUCUAAGCUUCUUUUGCAGAGAAGGCUCUUCAGGUUCUUGCAACUGUCACCAUACUCGUUAUGCUCCUUUUCUUCUUCAUCUUCCAUUCAUGGGUCUCCAUUUCAUUCUGUGAAAGCAACAGAAAUCUCGAGUCUCUCAACUUCCUCUAGAAACUUCUGCUCUCAGAAGUCCAAUCUUGUUGAUCAAUUUCAUGGCCCCGCACCUAUUGAUUACAGCUCUCUGCUGCAAGAGGGUGAUUUUCAUAGAUUGGCUGAGUCCACAAUACACAACCUUCAAGAGAAAUUUGAGGAUUAUGGAGACUCAAUCGACCUUGAUGGAUUUGACAUAGACUAUGGGAAUGAUGUGUUGACUGUCAAACUUGGGGAGCUGGGCACUUAUGUAUUGAACAAACAAACACCAAAUAGACAACUUUGGCUGUCUUCUCCAUUGAGCGGUCCAUCUAGGUUUGAUUGGGAUCAGGAUACUAAAGCUUGGAUUUAUAGGCGGAACAAAGCAAAGUUAUAUAAAAUUUUAGAAGACGAGUUGGAGCAGCUGUGUGGUAAAACUAUUGUUCUCUCCUAAGCUGUGGAGAAUGUGGUACCUAAUCUUGAUUUUAAAUUUAAAAGGAUAUUACUGACGAUCCUUUGUUGUUCAGAUGUAAUUUCAAGUAGUUUUUACUCCUAUACAUGAUACCAGUUCUUUUGUAUCUUCUAAAUAAUCAGCUCUAUAUAGAAUUCAUUUGGAAAUAUGUUGCCAUUAGUUUACUGUUCUGAAAUAUUACCAUUGUGGUUACAACCAGUGAGUUGGCAUCUAAUUUGAGGUUUAGACUGAAUACUGAUGGAUAAGCAUAAGUGUGCUUGAAUUUAUUUAUAAAAAUGGAGUGUAGAUGUAGUUAAUAAAA